CCUCGUCUUCAUCCCUUUCUAUCAUCCUCCACACACACCUCCGUCCGUCGUCGUAUGCUGGUGACGAACCUCCUUUGGACCUGAUCGACCAUCAAUCAUCGACGAUCAACGAUCAAACGAUCAGCCAUCAAAAACCGAUCGGACAAAUCCAGUUCCUGUCUUUUUUUCUCAUCUCUUCGAGUCCUUUUCCAACACCAUUCCUCAUUCUCCUAAACGCCGUACCCGCGGUCUACCCCAUCAAGGUGGAUAUAACCUGAUGCCUAGUAGAAUCCGAACUUUUGUUUCGGCCGCGGUAGCAGCUGUCAUAUUGUUUACGCUUUAUUCUUAUUCCGGACCUGUUUCCAUUCCUUCUACCGAGAAUGGAUCGGUUUAUGUCAGUGUUGGACAGAUAACGGGGUAUGUUAAAGGGAUCGCAGGGACGACACUAUGGGAAAAUAUAUAUCUUCGGAACGGAACAUGGUUCAUAAUCACACCUAUACCUCAACGUAUGCCUUCAGUAGGGGAAAUCAUGUGUGACUCUCCUCUGGCCAAUCGACAACAUCCACCGGCGGGAGAAGACAGAUUAAGGUUUUUACAUCCUAAUGAGGCGAUGGACGUUUUGGGUCCGACGGCGGUGAGGAAGACUGGCUUGUCGAUGUUCUUCAACGACGAACCUGGUCCCAAUGGACAAUCUUUCCUCGCUCACUACUUUCAUUUCAUUGCCGAGGUAUUCCUGAGCGCGUGGAGGGUUACGGUCUCUGCCUACGGAACGGCGGAUAUACCGGAGAGAUUAAUGUAUCGGACAGUACCCACCGAUUGGAGAGAUAAAGCGGGUUUGACACCUUGGUUUCAACAAACUAUCAUGCCUCGUACAGCCGUGGAGGAUGCACCAUUAUGGAUUGAUAAGAAGAAUAGCGGGACAACUUUUGUUUUUGACCGAGUGAGAUUUCGUUUUGCAGCUCACAAUCACGGCAACAAAGUUCGGGUCUGGAACAAGAUGACUAUGGACCUUCCGGAUCUACCUGUACCUAGCACUUGGAUGGUACCGCUGCGGAAUGCUCUCAAGGCAUAUGCUUUGGCGAAUGGAUGUGAUUUACAUCGACAUAAAGCUGGGAUCCCAAUAGUCACUUAUGUGAAUCGACAAAUGACAUCGAGACGUUUGGUCGCUUCCGAUGCUGAAGAUCUCGUCAUGUCCCUUCAAGACUUGGAAGAUAGGGGAGAGAUAGAGUUCAAUAACGCUUUUAUGGAAAGUAUCCCUCGAGCGGAGCAGUUCUGUCUUGCUCUGAAAACGGAUAUCCUCGUCGGGGUACAUGGGAAUGGACUGAGUCAUCAAUUGUGGAUGAGACCUGGUGGGGCGGUUCUAGAGCUCAUGGAUACCGGCGGGUUCGCCAUGGACUACGCCUUAUGUGCCGACUUGAUGAAACAUGAUUACUAUGCUAUCCGAAAUGAUACCUAUCUUCAUAGGACCGAAUGGUUAUUACCCAACGGACAGCCAAUGCAACAGGGUUCCACGUUCCACAGUGAUCAUUUGAGGGUAUACGCUCCGUACGUAGCGGAUUUAGUCUCCAAAUUGGCCAGAAGUCGAUCCCGUCCCGUGUCCGAGUCUGAUUUAUGAGGGGAAGUUGACAGUUGCUUGUGGGUGCAAUGCUGCAAUGUUGCAUGCUUGCAUGUUGGAUCUGGUGCAUGGGGCUUGUCGUAGCUCGUUGCAAUGCUAUGCAUCUCAUGUCUUAUGU